GUCCAAACCGAACAUUGAAUUAUAGUCAAACCAAAUUACUUAUUCGAUUUGAUUUGAUUCGGAGUACCGUUUUUUACCAAAUUAAUUACACCCCUCGCCUAUCCGAAUUCUUCUGGGUAACCCAAUAUUCAAAGACGGAACUUCCAAUAUCUUUGCUAACUUUCUUCCAUCAAAUCUAAGCUCAAAAUACUUUACUCUUUUGAAAUCAUGGCAGUUUUCAACUUAAAAGCUCUGAUCUUUAUGUGGAUUUGUUUGGUUGUUCCUUCAGUUCUUGCCAAACCCGUUAAAUACUGCGAUAAUAAAGGUAAUUAUCCAGUGAAGGUCAAAGGGGUUGACAUUGUGCCUGAUCCAGUGAAACCUGGCAAAGAAGCAGUUUUCAGCAUCUCUGCUUACUCUGUGGAAGCUAUCUCCGGAGGGAAGGUAAAGAUCAACGUGGCAUAUUUUGGACUUCCAGUGCACAGUCAGACUAUUGAUCUUUGCAGCGAAACAUCCUGUCCUGUAACAGCAGGCGAUUUUGUGCUCUCACACUCACAAACUUUGCCGAUUUUCACUCCCCCGGGCUCGUAUACUCUAAAGAUGACUAUGGAAAGCAACAACAAUCACUUGCUAACCUGCAUCAAAUUUGAUUUCUCCAUUGGCUUUGGAGCAUCUGUUUCGGAUAGUUGAGCGUUUCCUUCAAACGUGUGCUUGCUUCGUGAAGUCCAAUGUUUUGUAAUGGAUUUCGGUGUGAUAUAAUGUACUUUGAGUUCAGCUCUUACUCUUUUAUGUGGAGAUUAAUAAUGUGCUUCUGUUGGAAGUUAUUCACGCUUUAUUCGA